GUUCGCGCAGCUGGACGGAGUCUUGUCCACACAAUGCUGGUCACAAUCAGUCUGCUCGUUUCGGCGGUAGCAGCCGCGUACAUUUAUCUAGUUUGGAACUUCAACUACUGGAAGAAGCGCCAUGUGCCGGGACCGGACCCGAAGCCCCUUGUGGGGAACUUCCCCGCGUUUAUUCUGCGCACGCGAACCGUCAUGGAGGAGAUGGACGAGAUCUACAAUGACUACAAGGCCAAAUACAACUUCGUGGGCGUCUUCAGCAAUCGAUCGCCGCGCAUUCUCAUCACGUGCCCGGCUUUGGCGAAGGACAUUCUGACCAAACACUUUCGGAGCUUCCACGACAACGAGUUUGGUGAGUUUACGGAAAGUGCCGGCGACGCGGGGCUGAUUGGGCGGAGUCCGUUCUUUCUGAACGGGGACAAGUGGAAGGCGAAACGAGCGGAGAUCACGCCAGCGUUCACGACGUCGAGGAUGAAGGCGUUGUUCCCGAUCGUGGAGUUUGUUUCAACAAGCAUGAGCGCGUACAUUGUCAAGAAUAGAAACUCUGAGCUGGAUGCUAGGGAGCUGGCAGCAAAGUUUACCACCGAUGUCGUGUCCAGCUGUAUUUUUGAUACCGAUGCUCAAUCAUUCACCAACGAGAAGGCCCAAAUCCGAGAGAUGGGACGGAGGUUAACAAACUCUUCGUUUACUGCGUUUGUGACUAUGAUGCUGUUGAGCACGUGCCCAAAGCUGGCUAAAAUGUUAAACAUCGGAUCAGGUGUUAAAAAAGUUGAACAAUUUUUCAUUGAUUUGAUGUCGGAAGCUGCUAUGUAUCGGGAAAAGAACGGAACCAAGCGAGUCGAUUACUUGGAACAUCUGAUAAGUUUGCGCAACGAAAAGCAGAUCACUGAAGUGGACAUGGCCGCUCACGGUGUUACGUUCUUCUUCGACGGCUUUGAGACUUCCAGUGUCGUCAUGUCUUUUAUUUUGUACGAACUUGCUAGAAACCCAACCGUACAGACAAGACUACGAGAAGACUGUUCGAAAGCAUCCAACGAUCAAGGAACGAUCUCGUACGAAGACCUUCUGGAGUUACCCUACCUCGAGCAGGUCAUCAACGAAACGCUACGCCUCUGGCCGGUGGGACCAUUUCUUUCCAAGACUUGUACCGAGCCAGUAGAUCUCGAGUUGUGCCCGGGUCAGAGCGUCCGCAUCGAACCGGGUGUUUGUGCGGUCAUUCCCUUUGGAGGAAUUCACCGUGAUCCGCAGUUUUACCAGGAUCCGCUGACGUUCAACCCGGAUCGGUUUAGUCCGGAGACGGGGGGAGUCAAUCCGUACCGGGAGAUGGGGUGCUUUAUGCCGUUCGGGGAAGGUCCUCGGCAGUGUUUGGGCAUGCGAUUUGCGCGGAUGCAGAUGAAACGAGCCAUCUACGAGGUGGUGAAGAAUUUUGAGCUUUCUGUAAGUGAUAAAACAGUUCAGCCUCUUCGGAUGGAUCCAAAGCAGUUGUUUACUGCUGCAGUUGGUGGAAUAUGGCUGAACUUUGAACCUAUACUUGAACAGUCAUGAAUAAUCAUUAAGACAAGAUAUAAUCCAAUAUUCUCCAAGAUUGUUCCCCUCAUGGGAAUCGCUGAAGACUUUUUUCAAAGAUUUAAGUCCAAAUAAAUGUUCAAAAUCCUUUCCAA